GGCGGCGCGCAGUUCCAUCGUGGGCUUUCAGUUCAUCGCACUGAGAGUGUCCGCGAUGUCAGACGAGUGCGAAAUGGCGGCGACGACGGUGGCGAGCGACGGCGGAGAAUCCCAAGACGUCGUCGGUGGCUUAAGACGCCGCAAACUUGUAGAGUGCGCUCAGGAUACGAUCGAGCAAGCUUCCGAAUUGAUCAAACGUAAGAUUCCGUGUGUCGGGCACGUCCUGGCCCCGAAGCGUCUAUGGCUAAAACGCGUCUCGACCCCUAACUGCGACGUUGUCGUCGUAUUCCCACCCAAUACUCAGGAUUCUGUCUUGUUGUGGUUGCUCUCGCGAUUACGGCAAACGCCAGGACUCACCGUGCACGUUCGACAUCACGCUUCAACGCAAAGCAGUGCUUUUUAUCUAACUGCUCCUAUUGUAGUAUUAUUAAGAGCUGCCGAAGAAUACCACCUCCCAAAGGGAUUGAAACAGUCAAAAGGUGGAGGACUGAAGGAGUUUAGCGCCCAGGACCUGCAGUUAUUUGAAGGAUCUGAUAACGAAGCUAGCUUUUUCACGUCACAGGAACGCCAAUGGCUCGUUCUGCGACUGUUGGAGAGCAUUCGAGCGAGGGCUAACGAUGGUGGCGCACUGCCAGGACUUAAUUUGCUCGAAGGACAACCGAUAGUACCAAAAUGUCUAGCUGCUGGAAUAAUCUCACAAGUAUUCCUACACGAACCGGCCGCACUAGAAAAACUCCAAAACUCUUGGGUACGAGACAUUUGCGCCGCGCAGCCUCUGGACGACAUCGCCGAAUAUUUCGGCGUCAAGAUUGCGAUGUAUUUUGCUUGGUUAGGACACUAUACAACAGCACUGAGCAUUCCAGCCGUCGUCGGCUUUCUAUUUUGGCUUUGUUGCAAUGGCAAACAUCAAACAUUGGAAGAUGUAGGUUAUGUGCUCUUCUCGGUAUUCAACAUUGUCUGGGUGACGACGUAUCUUCAAGCAUUCAAGCGAUAUUCUGCCGAGUUGGCCUUCCGAUGGGGCACGUUGGAUCAACGCGAUGAUUUACUAGCAGAGCCACGAUCAUUGUUCAGAGGACCGUUGGUGCCGUCCCCGGUAACGGGACGCCUGGAACCAUGGCAGCCCGGUUGGAAACGACAUGUCUAUCGCUACUGCGUCAGUGUGCCCAUUAUUGCCGUUUGCCUCUCAGCAGUCUUCAUCGUCAUGAUUGUGUCGCUACACAUUCAGGAUUGGUGGGAUAAUCAAUUGCAAAGUCGUGGAUUCCCAAUGUGGUUAGGAUACUUACCGAAAGUGAUGCUAGCCGUAGUAAUCACGUUAAUGGACGAGGCCUACUUCAAAAUCGCGCUGUGGUUGAACGACAAAGAGAACUACCGGCUUGAAACCAAGUACGAAAACCACCUCAUCGGCAAAGUGGCUUUGUUCCAAUUCAUCAAUUCUUUCCUAUCGCUGUUUUAUAUCGCAUUUUACCUUCAGGAUCAAGCUAAGUUAAAAGAACAACUGGCUGCGCUGUUAAUUUCGCGCCAAGUAAUCGGCAACCUGAAAGAAUCUGCAUUGCCGUAUAUUCUCGAACAUUUCAAACUUGCCAAGAUCAGUUUUGAUCUGUGGGGUGCAUUGAGCCCCACUGGGACGCGCCCACCUCUCGGCAGCGAGCCCAAACCGGAAGAGAACAAAGAUGCCAAGGACUCGAAGGAUCCGCAACCAGACAAACCGAGAGAUUCUCCGCCAAGUGACAAACGCAGCAUGAGUCAAGCCGAACUCGAAAGCUCAUUAUACAAGUAUGAAGGAACAUUUUCGGAACAUCUGGAAAUGACCAUACAACUGGGCUACGUGAUUCUUUUCUCUUCGGCUUUUCCGCCCGCAGCAAUCUGCGCCAUUUUGAAUAACAUGAUCGAAGUGCGAAGCGAUGCCUUCAAACUUGCCUAUGUAUGCCAACGCCCAUUCGGGCAACGAGUGCCAAACAUUGGUACUUGGCAGCACUGCAUGGAAUAUAUGAGUAUAAUAGCAGUAUUGGUAAAUUGCGCUCUGAUUGGCCUCUCCGGACAAGUCCACCGAAUGUUCCCUGACAUGACAGCCACGCAGACCAUUCUACUGAUUGUCGCUUUGGAACACAUCAUGCUCUGCAUCCGCUUCAUCAUCACCUGCGCCAUUCCGGAUAUUCCAGGUUGGCUUGCAACUGAAAUGGCUAAGAUUGAGUGGGCCCGUAGGGAAGCGAGUCGUUUAUCAACAGCCACACCAUCGCCGGAGGAUGUUUCAACCAAGUUAGUUGGCAGAUUUUCUGUUUCACCAAGUCAUUCACUGGUGUCGGGCGUGCAACAUCAAGAUGUCAACGUCAAACGCACUGAGGAAUCACUACUUCCUUUCCUUACUUCGUCCCCGUCACCAGUGUCUACUACUACUCCUUCUACUGCAAGUGUAGAUGCUCGGAAGAAAGGUUCUAACUCGAGUAUAACUUCCUUGUCAACUCCCACAUCUCCUAAACCACCUGUGUCUAUUACUUCUGAUAGUAUACAAGCAAUUCCUCCAUUCAGACCUAGAAAAUCCAAAGAGUUUGUUCCACCAGCGCAUACGAGCACUACUGAAGCAGAACAUCACUUAACAAUUGGUCCGACUGGCGGAGCUGAGUGGGCGAAGAAACUCAAAGAAGAAACUGAUAUUCAUCGCAGUACGGAUUGUAUUACUCCUAAACUAAGCGCGGAUGCAUCUAGCUCCGAUUCGGAUCUGUUGAAGUGUAGUCCCGUGUGGCCACCACGACCGAGAUCUCCUUCGGGACAAUCGCAAGGACCCAUUGCGGCGCUUAAGCCUAAACCUAUUACAACAGAAGCGUCGUUGAGUGACAGCGUUAAAAGUGUCUCGAGUCAGGAGACUGCCGAUGAAGCAGCUGCUAGAGCCGCAGAAGAGUUGGCAGCAAAGAAAACUCGCGUGAAGCAGAGUUUAAUGAAACGUGCUCGUUCUGUGGCGAUUUUCUCACUGAAAUUAAAGGAACGCAGAGCGCGUGAGGCGGCAGAAAAGGCUGCUAAACCAGUGACCCCAACUGCUCCACCACCACCGCCUCCACAAUGUGGUGGUGGUGAGCUUAGCUGCAUACCAAUCGAAAAACUGAUUCAAUUGGAAGAUUUGAGGGCAGCAGCGGCAAGCCGUGGCAGCCAGAGCGGCCCCUCCACGUCUUCCUAGUGAUCUUAAUCGUCAAUUUACAAAUGUGAAACCUGCAUUCAAAAACCCGAUUUGAGGAGUACAAAUUAUUACAAGACUCAUUGAUCUCACGACGGACGCAUGUCAACAAAACGAUGACGGCGUUUGAAAUACUCUUUACCCGAAACUAAACCAAUGGUAACGAACUUUUAUAGAUGAUUUAUAUCAGGCUGUUAAUAACACGACACUAACGAAUAUUGAAAACAAACCAACACACAUACAGCGACAAUUAGCAGCUCUGCAGGUACGACUUGUGUGGCUUUAACUAAUGGACUAAAUAUUGUUAAGUAAAAAACGCAAUAAUAAAGUGCUUAUUAUGAACAGGAAAGCAUGGCGACAGUGGCCAGUAAAACACAUGCUUUCAGUAAAUCAAUAAUCCAGUAACAAAAAUAAAAAAGUAAGGCAAACAAUAAUUGACUGUGUAUUAUAGAUUAAAUUGAUUAAAUUAUUAUGUAACAGUUUGCUGCAAUCGGAAAUGUUAUAAUGCGUAGGACGAAGCAAUACGAAGCAACGUUUAGUUUCAGUUUAGCCAACUGACAGAUGAAAACCAGACCAUAGCUACUGAAUGUGUCACUUACUUAUAAACGACCUAUCAAAACUUGUCAGAAUUGACAAAACAGAGGACUAACCGAUUAGAUGAGUAGAGAUCUAGUGUUACAAAACUACAAUUAGUUCAUAAUCAAAAGUAGUCUAAACGUCAAAUACACACUCUUCACUUCAUUCAUCUCAAAAACUAAAAUGGUGUAAAAGAAUUAUGAUUUACCUGAUCUCAAAAUAAAAAAAAGUUGUUAUUUCAUCGAAAGUCCAUGAAGAUGUUAUUCACUCUCUUGGUGGCAAGACGAGAAGAGAAUCAAUGAUUGUAAUCAUAAAUAUAUUUUGCUAUUAGACGCCUUUUACAAUGUAAAACAAACAAAACGAACAAACUUUUGUGCGAAAUGCAAAUUUACAACGCAAACAUGUAACAAUAAUUUUAUCAGUGAAUCGAGCGGAGGAAUCCCUACAGAGAGCGCAAAAUCACCUUAAAAUAUUGAUUCUAGUUUAGAGUUAUUAUGACGGUGUAGUUUUAGAAAAUCAUAUCUAACUUAAGUGUAUAUUUUAAGUAUUUACCAAUUAGUCACACAUACGAACACGGACACAAAAGAUACAAACGAACGAAAGAAAACAGAAAUUAAUUAAACAUAGACGGCGACGUGUAGAAACGUUUUUUGCGUUUAUUUUACACGAUAUUUUUGAGGUAUUUUUUGAACGCUACGUGUAUAUGCUUGUUUUGAGGUUAUGAUAUAUUGGCUUCCAAUCAUACUUGUCACAAUGAAGAACACACCGAUAACGUGCUACUUAUUACUAUAUUAUUAGAUAUACUAAUUCUAAUGCUACAAAUUAUUAGACUUAUUUUGCAUCGCACACACACACACUUAAUUGUUAUCAAAAAGACUGCUUGAUAUAAUUUAAGCUUCCCACAACUCAAAAGUCAUGCACUACGCCAACAAAAUGAAUGAAUUAUCUUGAGGCGACAUUUGUGCAUUAUCAGAAAAGGAUGACAUUAUCACGCCUGCAUUAUGUUCUCAAUGACAAAAUGCAAAUAAAGACAUGAGUAUUAUAUUUUGUUGGCCCGUUACAAAUGAAACCAGUCCACAUAUCUCUGUCCUGUUGGAAUUCUAAAGUCUCAGAAACCAAUACUAUACAUAUUUAUGUUUUUUUUUUCCUACUCUUAACACCCUACACGAUGAGAUUGAACAUGGAGUAGUAAUUAAGAAGUGUUAUUGUUGAUAAAAUUAUGAAAUUAUGAAAUUACUCAAACAAAAGUGUCAACAUGAGAAAACAAGCAGAAUGAAACGAAAUAAAAUUAAACAUUGUGAUGAUGCAUUGAUUCCGCAAUUGAAUGUCCUGUUUUUGUAAUGAUAAUAAUAUAUUAUACAUGUUUGCUUACAUGUAAGCUUGUUGGUUAUAUGCAUUUAUUAAAAUAAAGUGUUUCAUAAAUCCAAAA